AGCGCGUCGCAAGUCGCAAUAUCGCAAAUCGCAAAGUGUUGUAUCUCUCUCUUUUUCCUCCAACUUAUAAUACUUAACACUUACACCAUAAGUAUUACGUUAUACGUAUACGACGUUCGUAACUUCGCACGACUCGCACUACGCGACACGAGGCUCGCGAGAGGAGGACAGAAUAGCCGACCGACCGAGGAGGUUGUGAGUGCUUAUAGGUUCAACGCACGCGACCGCGACGCUCACUCAUCGGCCAUUUGUCUGCGAGAAGCCUAAGGAUGAAGUUUACGUUGCUAAGCAUUGCCAGUUGUUUCCUUAUACUCGGGUUAGCCCGGGCUAAGAUCGAGGUAGAGGAUGACGUCCUCGUCCUCACCAAGGACAACUAUGAUGAGGCUCUCGAGAACCACGAGUACAUACUUCUGGAGUUUUAUGCUCCCUGGUGCGGCCACUGCAAGGCUUUAGCUCCUGAGUAUGCUUCUGCAGCUAAAACAUUGAACGAAAACAAUUCUCCGAUAAAACUUGCAAAGAUUGAUGCUACAGUUGAGUCCAGUGUGGCUGAACCUCACAAUGUUCGAGGCUAUCCAACCCUUAAAUUCUAUAGGAAAAACAAGGAGCCUAAAUUUAUUGACUAUUCUGGUGGACGCCAAGCUCAGGAAAUUAUUAACUGGCUGAACAAGAAAACAGGACCUCCUGCUAAGGAAAUAACCUCUGUAGAUGAGGCUAAGAAAAUGAUAGAAGAACACCAAGUUGUUGUUAUUGGUUUCUUCAAAGAUGCUGCUUCUGAGAAUGCCAAAGUUUUCUUGAAUGUUGCUGGUGCCGUCGACGACAAUGUAUUUUGUAUCAGCAGCAGUGAAGAAGUAUUCAAUGAAUACAACGUUAAAGAUGGAGAGGUUGUUCUCUUUAAAAAGUUUGAUGACCCGCAAGUUAAAUUCGCAGAUGAAUACACUGUUGACAACUUGAAAAACUUUGUGAAAGUCGAAUCCCUGCCAUUAAUUGUUGAUUUCAAUCAUGAUACUGCCACAAAGAUUUUCAGUGGUGAUGUUAAAAGCCACCUCCUUAUGUUCUUCAGCAAAAAAGAAGGUCACCUUGAUAAGUACCCUAAAGAACUGAAAGAACAUGCCAAGUCCUUCCGUGGACAGAUCUUGUUCGUCGCUAUUGAUGCUGAUGACACCGACCACGAACGUAUCUUGGAAUUCUUCGGACUGAAGAAGGAAGAUGUACCGUCUAUGCGCAUCAUCAAGUUAGAGGAGGACAUGUCUAAGUAUAAGCCUGAUAAUUCUGAACCAACAGCCGAUAAUGUCAAAGACUUUGUCUCGAAAUUCCUCGCCGGUGAAUUAUCUAAACACUUGCUUACGGAAACUCUUCCUGAGGAUUGGGACAAACAUCCUGUUAAAGUUCUUGUCAGCACGAACUUUAAGGAAGUCGCCUACAACAAGGACAAAAAAGUCCUCGUCGAGUUUUAUGCCCCAUGGUGUGUACACUGUAAACAGCUCGCUCCCAUCUAUGACCAGCUCGGUGAAAAAUACAAAGACGACGACAAAAUUGUUAUAGCCAAGAUGGACGCUACAGCAAAUGAAUUGGAUGAUGUCAAAGUCACCAGCUUCCCAACCAUUUACUUGUAUAAGGCUGAGACGAAUGAAGCUGUCCAAUACAAUGGAAAACGGACACUUGAUGGUCUUGUGGAAUUCUUAGAAUCAGAUGGUGCUCAGGGUGCGGAACCCGAAAAGGGUGAAGAGGAAGAUGAAGAUGAUGAUGCCCCAACGAAGGACGAACUGUAAAAAAAUCGCACCUGCAACUUCGAUUAAAGAAACAAGCAAAAAGUACAGUGUCACCUUGCUGUUUCUACUUUGAUCGUGGAAAAUGUGGAUAACGUUGACUUUUUUCAACGCCAAUUAUUUGGCUGUAGAAUAUAUAUUCUAGCCUUUAUUGUAUUUUUUUUUUUACAAGAUUCCAUUGAGAUAUGUUAAUGAGAUUGUGUUUGAAGUUCGUAACACGUUCUUGUACAGAUUUUAAAUAUGGAGAAGCUUCUGUAUUUUUCAAAUUUUAUCAUUUUUCAUUGAUUUUUAUAAGUAAGUACACUGAGGAGUUUAAAGUUGUACUUAUGCGUCUUCCGUAGAUGCGGUAAAGCGCAUUUAAACAAACAUUUUACUUUUAAUCCUAAAUUUUGCACAAAAAUCUCGUUAUACUCAAACAGUACCAUGUCUUUUACACAAGAAGUAACAAUUUCUUACAUUAUAUUGUUUUCAGUCAUUCCGGUGAAUUAGUAGAGCAAGAUAGAAAGAUAGAAUGUAAAUGUGCGUGUAUGAGAGAUUAACAGAAAUCUUGUAAAAUUUCUAGUAAAAACUCCACUGGCCGUGUAUUAAUGGAUGCCUCGAGGAUUCCAUUUUUCAGAAUUCACGCUAUGAAUUGUUAUUUUACCAAUCGAUUUAAAUAAAAAAAAAAAAAAAGAAAGAUUAGUAAUAGAUACUAGUUUUUCUACAGACUGAAAUAAUUUGUUUUUUUUUUUCCUCCACGAGUACACGGACUAAAAUUGACUAGUAACGAAACUGAAAAGAAAAAGAUGGAAUAUUUUUCUGUAGUUGUGAUGUACGCCAAAGUUAAAUGCGUAUUUAUGUAAAAAUUUUUAUCAAAUAUUAUUUUUAUAAUGUCAUACGAUUAACCCCUUUGAACAUCCUGUGCGUUGAAAUAAAAAUAAAUUAUGACACAAGUCUGAUUAUAGAAA